UGGUCCCAUGCGUCUUAAAUACUUAUAGCCGAGGAAGGACCCACAGUGUUGAUAUCAGGAUUACUGUUACUUGAGCAUCUGUCUAGCUUAACUGGAAGUUAGGCUAAAGAUGAGCCCCAGAAAACCUGCAGAUACACAUAACUCAGAUAAGUUAAGGCAGGAAGCUUAGGACGUAACGUUCAGUGUGCACCGGACUUAAGGAGAGCUGUGGUUUCAAAUGGUUGGGUGACGCGUUAUUCAACAGGCGGGGGAGUAGGCAGGAUUCCCAACGCUCGGAAAAGUCUUUGGAUGUAUAGAAAGACCCUGGUUGGACAGACCGCAUGACAAGCAAAAUGGCGUGUACGGGUCACUAACCUGUUUACGGGUCACUAACACUAACAUGUUUCGAUCAAUUGAUAAAAAAGUGGACCAUAUUCUUAUUUAUAAAGAACUUUAGACUAUACAGCAAUCAAGAAUUAGUCAAUUAGGAUAACAGAAAUGUUUGCUAAUACAGUACGAAGACAUGUGACGAUUUCACGCUUUUUCAAUGCUGUGCGCGAUGAACGUCUGCCUUCAGUCUUAGUUGGAGGUCCAUUUCGCAGACUCCGGACACAGAGACCUGUGUUUCAGCGUUAUUUUACUUCGACCAUGGAGGGGAGCCAAGGGGUCACUAUACGCCGUGGAAGAAUGGAAGAUGUUCCUGGGGUGUGGCAACUGGCAGAGGAAGCCAUGUGGAAUACACAUCAAGACAUGAUUGAAACCCAUUUCAAAAUGUGUGAAAAUGGUUGGACUAUCGCGGAAAAGGACGGAAAUGUUGUGGGUUGCUAUUUGACACACGAAUUUAAUGAUGACUUGACCACAGGGGGUCACUUUGUAGUGUCGUCAAAGAUGCGCGGUUUUGGUGUAGGGGGACAAUUACUGAGAAACAUUGCAGAGGAAUAUGGCGAAAGAAAUAUUCAUUUUAGUUCCAUUUCGUACAUGAUAGAUACAUAUGAAAGAUACAACGGUGCUCCGCUCUCUCGGGGAGACACGGGAGGAAAAUAUUUCGGCGUCUUUAGGGACAUCCCCCUUCCACCAGAUGCCUCACGCACAUACCAUUUAUCUGACCUGCAGCAAGUUGAACUGUCGGCUCUUAUUGAUUAUGAUACUUCUUACCACGUGGUAGCAAGACCGGAAAUGCUAAAAUUAUGGCUUGACCAAACAACGGCAGAAUCGCUCGUCUUGUUGGAAAAGGGAAAGAUAGCCGGGUACGGAUCAAUCAGGCCUGCUAUGAACGGUUUCUAUCUUGGACCCCUCUAUGCAGAAAAUACAAUAGGAACCAUGGUUCUCUUCAGGGGUCUGAUAAACCUCAUUCCAAGAGAUUCCAACGUGGAUUUUUUUCUUCCCCAUGCGAACGAAGCGGGUCAACUGAUUCUGAAGGCCAACGAAAACACCGUAGGCUUGUACGCCACUUUUCACAGAUGUGCUAGGAAAAGUUAUAUUCCAGUACCAAAAUGGAAUAAUGUAUUUGCAUUACUCUCCAACGAAUGUGGAUUGUGCUAAGUUUAUAUAUACAUUCUGUCUCCUUUAUGUCAGUUUGUUUUUGCCAUGGUUUAUCUUAUUAUCUCUUUUGGUUUGUAUGCAAUUGACAUUAUUUCAGUUGAUUUUUUGCAAUAAAGGGGUCUCAAAUCAAUUUUAAUUGAUGUUAAAACAUGAAUGGUCUGUAUGAUUUAUUAAUCAUGUAACACUGAGGGCUCUUUCUGACCCAACAGUAAUUCCGUAUAUUCACUGCAUUUUUUGUUUUUACAGUCAAUGUUAGUUUUGGAGAAAUUGCAGGACCAAAACCUCAUUCGGCCGUCAUAUGCCAUCAGCGAGACUCAUAUUGAAUGACAUGUAGCAUUUAUCAAUUGACUCCUAAUGAAAUCCUUCAUGAGAAACGACCAGUGUUUAAAGUGACAUCGAGCUCAGCUUUGAGUUUCAUGUAUAUAGGCCAAGAUAUCAUUGAACUUACAUAACACUACUUGAUUUUGAUGUUAAUAUAAAGCUUUGGAUUGGUAAUAAAUAAAUAUGGAUUUCAUAGAUAAUAUUUGACUGGUAAUGUCCAACCUUGGAGAAGCUUGU